CACAUUUUAUUUAACCUUAAACUGCAUUACUUAAUUUGUUAUGUUCACUUGAAAAUACGUUUACUUUGUGUUUGAGUGUUUAAUCUCUUAUAAAUAUGAGACAAAAUUUCAUUCUAAAAUACCAGAUACAAACCUUUUAAUAUAUUAUACUAGUAACAUUUGCCACUUAUUUUGAAAGCAUUGGCAAAAUGGCUCACACUUCCUCCCGAACUACAAUCGUAUUCAUUGUUGUUGCUUUGGUUUGUGCAUUCGUUCCUGCAUUCUCUGUUGAAGAAGCUGAAGCAAAAUUACUAUGGGAUACAUGUCUUCUUAGAAUCAGUCCAAAAUGUGCGUUGGAAAUAAUUGGUGCUGGCUUUGAAAAUUUAACCAUAACUGAUGCAUGUUGUUAUGAUCUUGUUCAAGAAGUAAAAAUGUGUCACGAUACUCUUAUCAAAUAUAUUGCUGAGAAGCCACACUUAGUUGCCCACGAAACAGAGUACUUGAAGAAAAGUGAUGCUUUGUGGACUCAUUGUGUCUCAAUUUCGCAAACUGCUUAAAAAUAUGUUAUGCUUGUAUUAUUCUGAUUAACAAAAAUUGUAUUCAACUAUCGUUAAAUUUUCUUUGAUCAAAAAUAGUGGAUCAAACAACAUGCAAUAUAAAACGACCAUCAAGUGAAUCUCAUUCUAAAUGAAUCAAUACAAAUAUUAACUCAACUGAAAAACAAUGCGCUAUCCAUACAAGAUUGUUAAACUAAUAACAAGACAUAUAUUAAUAAUUUCAAAAAAAUAUUACUUAAUUAGUUUGAUUUAACGUAUCUUUAAUUUUAAAAUUUAAUUUUCAUCUAAGAUGUCAAUCAUUAUUUUUACAUACAGUGAAAAUUAUCUUGAUAAUUUAAAACAAGAAGCUAAGAAAAUAUCUAAUGUUUCACCUUUGAAACCUUAGAGUUUAAUAUUACAUGCUAAAGUAAUGACUUGGGAAAAACAAUUUUUUGAAUACUCAUUAAAUAGACUAUUUUUUAAAUACGAUUAUUUAUAAAGAAAACAAUGAGACUGGAUGUAAUCAUGCAAAAGAACAAUAUCCUAUGACUAGUAAGUAGAUAAUAACUUAUGCCAAUGAUAUUUGGAUGGAGCGAAUGAAUUUGAGUUUUAGAUCGAUCACAAAAGUUUUGGAAACCAAAUUGUGCACAUUUUUUUAUCUUCAAAUUUUUUAACUGAUAACAACCCAUUAAGUUUGGCAUUUAAUAGUUUAAUUCAAAUAUUUGUUUUGUAAUGUAUAAACUAUUUUUGGUUUAGCUAUUUAAUUUGUUUUAGUAGUGUAGUAAAUUCUUACAAAAUAAUGAUACGUGUUAUAGGACAAUUCAUACGCGAUUAAAUUCACAUUCGUAAACCAAAAUUUCUGUAAAAUGAUGGAGCAUGUUAACAUUUACAGAAAAUAAAGAAUAGGUAUAAACAAGGGCUAAAUUCGAUUGGUAGGUUAUUUUUUAACAACAAAAUAACUUUAAACAUUAAUAAUUUAGAAAUGUGUUAUUUGAUAGUAUUUAGUUUAAAUAAUAAGUAUAUUUGUUUCUCUAAAUUUACUAAAUAUGUUAGAGAAAACUCUUAUUAACAGUCACAUUUUAUUUAACGUUAAACUGCAUUUUGUUAUGUUCACUUGAAAAUACGUUUAGUUUGUGUUUCAGUGUUUAAUCUCUUAUAAAUAUGAGACAAAAUUUCAUUCUAAAAUACCAGAUACAAACAUUUUAAUAUAUUAUACUAAUAACAUUUGCCACUUAUUUUGAAAGCAUUGGCAAAAUGGCUCACACUUCCUCCCGAACUACUAUCAUAUUCAUUGUUGUUGCUUUGGUUUGUGCAUUCGUUCCUGCAUUCUCUGUUGAAGAAGUUGAAGCAAAAUUACUAUGGGAUACAUGUCUUCUUAAAAUCAGUCCAAAAUGUGCGUUGGAAAUAAUUGGUGCUCUCUUUGAAAAUUUAACCAUCCCUGAUGCAUGUUGUCAAGAUCUUGUUCAAGAAGGAAAAAUGUGUCACGAUACUCUUAUCAAAUAUAUUGCUGAGAAGCCACACUUAGUUUCCCACGAAACAGAGUAUUUGAAGAAAAGUGAUGCUUAGUGGACUCAUUGUGUCUCAAUUUCGUAAACUGCUUUAAAAUAUGUUAUGCUUGUAUUAUUCUGAUUAACAAAAAUUGUAUUCAACUAUCGUUAAAUUUUCUUUGAUAAAAAAUCGUGGAUUAAACAACAUGCAGUAUAAAACGACCAUCAAGUGAAUCCCAUUCUUAAUGAAUCAAUACAAAUAUUAACUCAAUUGAAAAACAAUGCUCUAUCCAUUCAAGAUUGUUAAACUAAUAACAAGACAUAUAUUAAUCAUUUCAAAAAAUAUUACUUAAUUAGUUUGAUUUAACGUAUCUUUAAUUUUAAAAUUUAAUUUUCAUCUAAGAUGUCAAUCAUUAUUUUUACAUACAGUGAAAAUUAUCUUGAUAAUUUAAAACAAGAAGCUAAGAAAAUAUCUAAUGUUUCACCUUUGAAACCUUAGAGUUUAAUACUACAUGCUAAAGUAAUUACAUGGGAAAAACAAUUUUUUGAAUACUCAUUUAAUAGACUAUUUUGCAAAUACGAUCAUUUAUAAAGUAAACAAUGAGACUGGAUGUAAUAAUGCAAAAGAACAAUAUCCUAUGACUAAUAAGUAGAUAAUAACUUAUGCCAAUGAUAUUAGGAUGGAGCGAAUGAAUUUGAGUUUUAGAUCGAUCACAAAAGUUUUGGAAACCAAAUUGUGCAAUUUUUUUAUUUCAUUUUUUAAAAUUUGUAGAUUUGGCUUCAAAUUUUUUAACAGAUUACAAUCCUUUAAGUUUGAAAUUUAAUAGUUUAAUUCAAAUAUUUGUUUUGUCAGUUCCAGUUUCCGUUAUAUAAAAUUAUACCUAUAUAAUGUAUAAACUAUUUUUGGUUUAGCUAUUUAAUUUUUUUUAGUAGUAAAUUCUUACAAAAUAAUGAUACAUGUUAUAUGACAAUUCAUACUCGAUUAAAUUCACGUUCGUAAACCAGAAUUUCUGUAAAAUGAUGGAGCAUGUUAACAUUUACAGAAAAUAAAGAAUAGGUAUAAACAAUGGCUAAAUUUGAUGGGUAGGUUAUUUUUUAACAAAAAAAAUAACUUUAAACAUUAAUAAUUUAGAAAUGUGUUAUUUGAUAGUAUUUAGUUUAUAAUAUGUAUAUUUGUUUCUCUAAAUUUUCUAAAUAUGUUAGAGAAAACUCUUAUUAACGGUCACAUUUUAUUUAACCUUAAACUGCAUUACUUAAUUUGUUAUGUUCACUUGAAAAUACGUUUACUUUGUGUUUGAGUGUUUAAUAUCUUAUAAAUAUGAGACAAAAUUUCAUUCUAAAAUACCAGAUACAAACCUUUUAAUAUAUUAUACUAGUAACAUUUGCCACUUAUUUUGAAAGCAUUGGCAAAAUGGCUCACACUUCCUCCCGAACUACAAUCGUAUUCAUUGUUGUUGCUUUGGUUUGUGCAUUCGUUCCUGCAUUCUCUGUUGAAGAAGCUGAAGCAAAAUUACUAUGGGAUACAUGUCUUUUUAGAAUCAGUCCAAAAUGUGCGUUGGAAAUAAUUGGUGCUGGCUUUGAAAAUUUAACCAUCACUGAUGCAUGUUGUUAUGAUCUUGUUCAAGAAGUAAAAAUGUGUCACGAUACUCUUAUCAAAUAUAUUGCUGAGAAGCCACACUUAGCUGCCCACGAAACAGAGUACUUGAAGAAAAGUGAUGCUUUAUGGACUCAUUGUGUCUCAAUUUCGCAAACUGCUUAAAAAUAUGUUAUGCUUGUAUUAUUCUGAUUAACAAAAAUUGUAUUCAACUAUCGUUAAAUUUGCUUUGAUCAAAAAUAGUGGAUCAAACAACAUGCAAUAUAAAACGACCAACAAGUGAAUCUCAUUCUAAAUGAAUCAAUACAAAUAUUAACUCAACUGAAAAACAAUGCGCUAUCCAUACAAGAUUGUUAAACUAAUAACAAGACAUAUAUUAAUAAUUUCAAAAAAAUAUUACUUAAUUAGUUUGAUUUAACGUAUCUUUAAUUUUAAAAUUUAAUUUUCAUCUAAGAUGUCAAUCAUUAUUUUUACAUACAGUGAAAAUUAUCUUGAUAAUUUAAAACAAGAAGCUAAGAAAAUAUCAAAUGUUUCACCUUUGAAACCUUAGAGUUUAAUAUUACAUGCUAAAGUAAUGACUUGAGAAAAACAAUUUUUUGAAUACUCAUUAAAUAGACUAUUUUUUAAAUAUGAUUAUUUAUAAAGAAACCAAUGAGACUGGAUGUAAUCAUGCAAAAGAACAAUAUCCUAUGACUAGUAAGUAGAUAAUAACUUAUGCCAAUGAUAUUUGGAUGGAGCGAAUGAAUUUGAGUUUUAGAUCGAUCACAAAAGUUUUGGAAACCAAAUUGUGCACAUUUUUUUAUCUUCAAAUUUUUUAACUGAUAACAACCCAUUAAGUUUGGCAUUUAAUAGUUUAAUUCAAAUAUUUGUUUUGUAAUGUAUAAACUAUUUUUGGUUUAGCUAUUUAAUUUGUUUUAGUAGUAAAUUCUUACAAAAUAAUGAUACGUGUUAUAGGACAAUUCAUACUCGAUUAAAUUCACAUUCGUAAAACAAAAUUUCUGUAAAAUGAUGGAGCAUGUUAACAUUUACAGAAAAUAAAGAAUAGGUAUAAACAAGGGCUAAAUUCGAUUGGUAGGUUAUUUUUUAACAACAAAAUAACUUUAAACAUUAAUAAUUUAGAAAUGUGUUAUUUGAUAGUAUUUAGUUUAAAUAAUAAGUAUAUUUGUUUCUCUAAAUUUACUAUUUAUGUUAGAGAAAACUCUUAUUAACAGUCACAAUUUAUUUAACGUUAAACUGCAUUUUGUUAUGUUCACUUGAAAAUACGUUUAGUUUGUGUUUCAGUGUUUAAUCUCUUAUAAAUAUGAGACAAAAUUUCAUUCUAAAAUACCAGAUACAAACAUUUUAAUAUAUUAUACUAAUAACAUUUGCCACUCAUUUUGAAAGCAUUGGCAAAAUGGCUCACACUUCCUCUCGAACUACUAUCGUAUUCAUUGUUGCUGCUUUGGUUUGUGCAUUCGUUCCUGCAUUUUCUUUUGAGAAAGCUGAAGCAAAAUCACUAUGGGAUACAUGUCUUCUUAAAAUCAGUCCAAAAUGUGCGUUGGAUAUAAUUGGUGCUGUCUUUGAAAAUUUAACCAUCACUGAUGCAUGUUGUCAUGAUCUUGUUCAAGAAGGAAAAAUGUGUCACGAUACUCUUAUCAAAUAUAUUGCUGAGAAGCCACACUUAGUUUCCCACGAAACAGAGUAUUUGAAGAAAAGUGAUGCUUUGUGGACUCAUUGUGUCUCAAUUUCGCAAACUGCUUAAAAAUAUGUUAUGCUUGUAUUGUUCUGAUUAACAAAAAUUUUAUUCAACUAUCAUUAUAUUUUCUUUGAUCAAAAAUUAUGGAUCAAACAACAUGCAAUAUAAAACGACCAUCAAGUGAAUCUCAUUCUAAAUGAAUCAAUACAAAUAUUAACUCAACUGAAAAACAAUGUGUUAUCCAUACAAGAUUGUUAAACUAAUAAAAAGACAUAUGUGAAUAAUUUCAAAAAAUAUUGCUUAAUUAGUUUGAUUUAACGUAUCUUUCAUUUUAAAAUUUAAUUUUCACCUAAGAUGUCAAUCAUUAUUUUUAAACACACUAAAAAUUAUCUUGAUAAUUUAAAAUUAGAAGCUAAAAAAACAUCUAAUGUUUCACCUUUGAAACCUUUAAGUUUAGUAGUACAUGCUAAAAUAAUGGCUUCGAAAAAAAACUAUUUUGAUUACUCAUGUUGUCGACGAUUUUGUAAAUAUGAUC